GUUUAACCUUCUUCAUCUUCUUCUCUCCUCUUCCUAUCAUCUCUCUCUCUCUAUGUCUCUCUGCUCGAUCUCUCUCACUGUGCGUCACAGAGCAUCGCUUCUCAGCCUUGCACCGCCACCGCACCAAACCUCCAUUGCACUGAACUUCUAUUGCCCCGUCACACCCCCUUCCUGGCUCUUCUAUGUGUUGCUUGCAUCGUUCCCUUUUGAACCCUAAUGCGUAUUUCUCCGCCACCGUCUUCGUCGCCUUCGUCUACCUUCACGAUUUUAUAAAACUACAGCACCGAUUUCAGCGGCACUAACCAUAACCAAUGGCGUCCGCCGAGCAGCCAUUGAAGAAGCGAAAGCACGACACUCUCCUGGAAUCCCCACUGCCACACCACCGCCGCUAGCACUGCUGCCACAAUCUCCUCAAACCCUAGCACGUCCGCCUACAUCUCCUCCUCUGCCUCUGUCACAGGAUGAGGUCGUCACCAAGCAGAGGAACAAAGAUGAGGUUCGAACCAUGUUUGAGAGUUACCGUCGCAUCAAGCUCUUCUUGUCAAAGAAGCAAGGUGAUUUCAUCCAUGACCUUGAACAGAGCUUCUUCGCUCUCGUAAAUGCUUCCAGAGGAAAUAGAGCUAUCUCUGAUAGGACUCCAGAAUGCUGGAAAGACUUCCCUUGUAAAUGUUGUUGCUGUAAGUAUAUUAAUCAUGUGAACAAUCUCUUAGCAGUUGACAAUUUGUAGUAAGUCUGUUCCCCAUAAGUCUUACAAUUAGGAACAAAUCACAAAACUUGCAUCAAUGAGGUACUGUUUUGGAAGGCUGAGUCAGAAGAUAUUAGGAAGAAAGGGUUUAAGGGAGUUGAGAAUGGGUGUAAUCCGUCUGGCUCGAGCUUAUACCGAAAAUGAGAAGAUCAUCAAAUUUGAAGGAUGUUAUCAUGGCCACGCAGAUCCUUUUCUUGUUAAGGCAGGUAGUAGAGUUGCAACUUUAGGACUUCUUGACUCCCCUGGUGUCCCUAAAGGUGCUACUUAUGAAACUCUUACAGCCCCCUUCAAUGACUUCUCAGCUGUUGAGAAACUCUUUAAGGAUAACAAGGGAGAGAUAGCUGUAGUCAUGCUCGAGCCUGUUGUUGGAAACUCUGGUUUCAUUCCCCCUAAAUGUGAUUUUCUUAGUUUCCUAUGCAAAAUCACCAAAGAGAACAAUUCCCUUCUAAUCUUUGAUGAGGUUAUGACUGGAUUCCAUUUGGCAUAUGGUGGCACUCAAGAAUAUUUUGGCAUAACUCCUAAUUUAACAACACUAGGAAAGAUCAUUGGUGGGGGCCUGCCUAUAGGAGCUUAUGGAGGGAGGAGGGAUAUUAUGGAGAUGGUGGCACCUGCUGGACCGAUGUACCAAGCCGGGACCUUGAGUGGGAACCCUUUGGCUAUGACUGCAGGUAUAGAGACUCUGAAGCACAUUAAGGAGGCAGGAACUUAUGAAUAUUUGGAUAAAAUUACAGGUGAGUUUGUUCGCGGCAUUGUUGAAGCCGGGAAGAAGGCAGGCCAUGCUAUAUGUGGUGGGCAUAUAAGUGGGAUGUUCGGGUUUUUCUUCACAAAAGGACCUGUUUACAAUUUUGCUAUCUUCCAUCCAUUUUUUUAUGCAUGUAAUAAGAUUGGAGCACAGAUAUCUUUCACAUCGACAUAACUUCUAUAAAAUAGUUUACCUAAAUUCACAAACUAUAAAUUCAUCUAUAGAAAUUUAGAGGAGGAUGCACAAAAUACUCUCUACUUUUCUAGUAUAAGUGUCAACAGAGAUUGGAAUAAUGAUAUCUGAAAUAACAUUUGUAAGAA